ACAUGGCGGCCAAUUGUGUUGAGCUACUGCGAAGCUAGUCGAAAUUAAUGUAAAAUAAACGUCCAACUGUCAAAGCAAAGCCUACUUAUGAUAUUUGGAUAUUGUACUAAGUAUUACGGAGCUUUGGGUUCAAUACAAUGCCUUGUUGGACGCGUGACAUUUCAGUUUGUAUAAAGAAACGUACUUCAGUGUAAUGCUAACGUCAGUUACCAUGAUAGCCUUUGAGCUAGGUUAGCUAACGGUAGCUUAGGUUGAACAAUAGCUCUCAAAUUAAGAUCCUUGAAGCAAUGUUGGGGUUUCUGACAGCAAGGCAGGCUGGUCUGGAUGACCCUCUGCGACUGAGACGUGCUGAGUCAACGAGAAGGGUCCUGAGUCUAAAUUUAAAUCCUGACAGAGACGUGGAUAGAAUCCAUGGAAAUGGCAUCAACACCAUUGACAUUGAUGCAAUAGAGGGAAGAUACAUGUUGUCUGGCGGAGCAGAUGGAGUGAUCGUCAUCUAUGACCUGGAGAACUACAGCGGGAAACUACAGUACACCUGCAAGGCAGUUUGCACGGUAGGCAGGUCGAGUAAGUAUGUCCACAAAUUCAGCGUAGAGACAGUCCAGUGGUAUCCCUAUGACACGGGCAUGUUUGUCUCCAGUUCCUUUGACAAGACCAUGAAAGUGUGGGACACUGAGACGCUGAAGCCUGCUGAAGUCUUUCAGUUUGAGGACAAUGUCUACAGCCACCACCUGUCCCCCAUCGCCAGGAAACACAGUCUUAUCGCAGUUGGCACCAAAGAACCUAAAAUCCAGCUGUGUGACCUGAAGUCUGGUUCACGGAUUCAUGUUCUUCAGGGUCACAGAGCGGAGGUCCUGUCUGUGCGGUGGUCACCCAGAUACGAGCACAUCUUAGCCACUGCCAGUGCAGACAGCAAAGUGAAAGUAUGGGAUGUGCGUCGGGCUUCUGGUAGUCUCUUUACUCUGGAUCAGCACAAUGGAGACAAGUCAAAAGCUUCCUCUGAGGCAGUGAACACAGCUCAUGAUGGCAGAGUGAAUGGCCUGUGCUUUACUGGCGACGGCCUCUACCUCCUCACCACUGGAACUGAUGACCGAAUGCGACUGUGGAAUAGUGCCACUGGGGAAAACACACUGGUAAAUUACGGGAAGGUCUGCAACGAGAGUCGUAAAAGACUACAGUUCACAGUGUCACGUGGCUGCAGCCCAGAGUUUGUUUUUGUGCCAUGCGGCAGCUCAGUCGCUGUGUAUGGCCUCCACACGGGAGAGUUGGUCACAAUGCUCAGGGGUCACUACAACAACGUCGACUGCUGCGAGUUCCACCCAGACUACCAGGACCUGUAUAGUGGAGGUAAAGACUGUAAUAUCCUGGCGUGGGUUCCUGUCAUUCGUGCCUCAGAUGUGGAAGAAGAGACAAAAAGUGCAAACCAGGCUGCUGCUGCUGCUGACCAGUCUUCAGUGAACUCUGCCUUUCAGGAUGCAUGGAGCAGCGAUGAAGAUUAAUGCUGGUGUUUUGGAUGUGUGGACACAGUAGACAUGCCUAGUGUUUGACCAUGCAAAUAAGCAAACCUUUUAUUAACUUGUCAAAUAAAUGACAGGUCCAGGGACACCUGGGAAGAUGUUCAUUCAUUUUUUCUCAAACAAUCAACAAUGUUGCAAGACAAAACAAAAUUUUAAAACCAAAAAAUAAAACUCAACCAAUCAGAAAUUAUUAAAUGUAUAAAAAUUACACAAUUAAAUUAUUUGGUUUGAGAAGGAGCAGGCGGAAGCAAAUGGCUUAUUAGCUUAUUUGGUCCUGCCCCUAUUUAACAAAAUCCUACCAUCACAAAGUAAAUAGAUAUGCAAAUACAGCAUACAAUCGUUCAGGUCAUACAACAAACAAUAACUAACAACAAUAACAUUACCGUAAAAUUAAAAUUCCAUUCCUGUGUUUAGGUUUAUUUUCUUAAUUGGUCCAGUAAUGAUUUCUUCGAUCUAUUUUUGAACGGAAUGAUAUUACAGCUCUGUUUGAUGUCAUUGUUCAGUGCAUUCCAUAAGGUCAGCCCACAAACUGAAACACGCGUGCUUUGAACAGCAGUUCGCACAAGAGCUUGCUUAAACAUGUAAUGUCCUCUUAGAUGAUAUCCCCACUCUCUUUCCUUAAACAUUGCACGUAUGUUCCAAGGCAAAUGAUUUUCUUUAACUUUAAACAUAAAUUGUGCAGUUUUGACUGUUACAAUGUCCAUAAAUUUUGCAAAGAGCAAAUCCUUUGCAAGUUGCUUUUGAAGGUAUUUCCCCAAACGUCCACACAAUAUAACAUAUUUGGUGAAAUUAGUGUGAAGUACAGAGAAUGUAAAGUGUUUUGGUUCAAGAUGUAUCUAGUUUUGCUCAAUAUACCAAUACUCCUGGCCAUCUUCAUGCACAGAUACUUAACGUGUGGCUUCCAGCAAUUUAUGAUGCACCUAGAAAUGUAUUUUCAUAAACUCUGUUUCAUUAUCAGUUACUAAUUUAACAUCUGUAUUAAUAGUUUGAUUUCCAAAUAUCAUGCAUUUAGUUUAAAGAUAACUUAUUUGAAUCAAACCAGAGUUUACAUUUAUUAAUUUCAUUAGUGACCAUAUCCAGUGUCUGCUGCAAGUUAUCCCUACAACCAAAAAUAUUUGUGUCAUCUGCAAAAACAGUCAAUUUUAGUACAUUUAAUAAUUCACAAAUGUCAUUUAAGUAAAGAUUAAACAAUUUCGGGCCUAAAACUGACCCCUGUGGAACGCCUCAGGAAAUACUAAGAGUCACUGACCGGUGAUUACCCAUUUGGACAAACUGAUUUCUGUUCUCAAUAUAUUUUUUUAUCCAUUUAAAGGCCACACCUCUUAUUCCAUACCUUUCCAAUUUUUUUAACAGGAUUUUGUGAUCUACAGUAUCUAAAGCUUUUUUGUCAGAAUAAUGAAUGUCCUUACUGCAUAGUUUUUAUUUUCAAUACAAUUUGCUAAUCUAACUAACUCAUAAGUGCCAGAGAUGUUGACCUACAGCAUCUGAAUCCUGACUGACUGUCCAUUAGUAAAUCUAGUCUUUGUCUAGUGACAAAUAGUUUUUCUAGUAUUUUUGAGAAUUGAGAAAGCAGAG